CAGUCUCAUAAUUGGGCACUUCGUACUCUAGCCCCAAUAUGGAGACUUGUCUCCGGAUGCUUGCAAAAAUAGGGCACUAGAAGAAGCCGACUUGUCGCUCUCCUCCCUAGUACGCCUAGAUGGUAAUGCCGGCAGCAUCGGCCGAGACCGACCCAAAGCUGUUCAAUCCUGGAGCCAUCCUAUUGAGCAAAGUGAGGCUGAUUUAGGAGACCAAUUACCUGUAUCUUUCCGUGCCGGCCCACACAGACCAGGCCUCUCUCUGGUCAUGGAGAUGCAAGCCGAGACUCGGUGAGGAGGAGGAUCAUGGCUUGAAACACGGGUGGAGAAGCAAACCACGGCUCUCUGAAGUGGUUAUUGGGCGACAUCAGCCAUGCUGCUGCACAGGAAGAGAGCCGGCCUUUCGUAUCUGCUGGCACGGCUCUCUAUCCCCUGCCGGGCAGCUUGGUGCGUCAGGCUCUGGCGUGUCAUUGCGUCGAGGAACAAGGGGGUGGCAGAGCCUGGUCGAGGGCCGGAAGUCGAUUAUCUGAUCCUCGGAUAUUGCUCCAUGAGAAUCGAGCGAGAAAACAAAGCUUUACUUACCCGCACUGGUAUGGCCGGCCAGCCGCGUUUCCCCUCUUUGUUUGCAGCUCCCGUCUCUAAGGCUUUGCCACACCUCCUCUCCAAUAAUAGAACAAAAUCAAAACAUUGAGCCUUUUUUUGUUCAAAAAAAGGAAAAAAGAAAGAAAAAAAGUUGUGAAUCAUUCAUUAGGAGGU